AUGGAUGCCGACCGAUCGACCGUGACGGACCACGAGACGGACUGCCCCGCCAAACUGCGCAAGUCCAGGAGGGGCGAUGCCUGCGGCUACGACCUGCACACACAGCAAUUCAAGUGCUGCUGCGAGACGACGGUGGAGCAGCCGGUGCUAGUUUCAAAGUCGAGCCGGUCGCCGUUGCCAGCGGACUGCGGCAACAGUGGCGGCAGCAGCAUCUUCCCCAAAAUCGCCAACGGUCGGUCGGUCGAGCGCGGUGCCUGGCCGUGGGCGGCCGUGCUGGGCCAGAAGCAGUCCGACGGCAGUGUGCGCUGGCUCUGCGGUGGAGCGCUGAUCGGCGCGCGUCACGUGCUGACGAGCGCCCACUGCCUGGCGAACUCGCCCGACCAACUACUGGUGAGGCUCGGGGAGCAUGACCUGGACGCGGCCGACGAUGGCGAGCACCAGGACCGCGGCGUGCGCCGUGCAGUGCGCCACCCAGACUACAUGCGCAGCAGCAACGACGUGGCGCUGCUGGAGCUGGAUCGUCCGGCGGAGUUGUGCGACACCGUGGCGCCCGUCUGCCUGCCGGAGCCGACGGCGACGCUGGCCAGCCGUGACGGCUGGGCGGUCGGCUGGGGUGAGCUGAGCUACCGGGGGGCGGCGGCUAACGUGCUGCAGGAAGCAUUCGUGACGGUGGUGCCCGUCGAGGAAUGCGAGGCGACGUACCGCCAGACGCCGCAGUACAGCUUCCGGUUCCCGGGCGGCUUCAGCGGUGGUGUGCUGUGCGCGGCGGACUACUCCGGUCAGGGCAUGGACGCGUGCCGCGGCGACUCGGGCGGGCCGCUCUCGGUGCUGGGGCCCGACGGACGCUACCAGUUGGCCGGCCUGGUGCUGGAGGGAUUCGGCUGUGGCGGCGCCACCUUCCCCGGCCUGUACACGCGCGUCGCUAACUACGUCGACUGGAUCCGAAGGGAGGUCUCGCGUUAGUGACCGGCCGCAGCCUCCGCCCACCGGCGCGCGUACCCCGUCGCAAGACAUCUGAUCGCGUGAGGUAUUCACCGGAACGUUGCGGUCUUAAUAUUUGAUUUGUAUUUGAGUGUUCAGCUUGUUGACAUGAUGCGUUGCAUGGCGUGCGUUGAUUGAACUGCGUCCUAGGUGAAUGUGUGGCCGUUGUGAUGCUGAAGUGCGAUAUUGCGAAAGGAGUGGCGAAGCGAUGUUACAUUGCGCUGAAUGAUGCUAUGCGUCUGCAUUAUCACACAAAUAUAUUGUUCU